CGCCGUAUAUAUAUACACACACCGGCACGCAUUUCCAUACAUAAUCUCUACACUGCCAAAAUCUUUAUUCAUUUCCAGCUAUUAAUUUUCAUACCCUGAAAUAUAAAUUAAAGACGCACAAAAAAAAAGAAAAAAAAAAUGGAAGCAAAUGCCGCCACCUCCUACACGGUGGAGAUUCCCCUGGAAACGGAAGUCCACCGUGUGGUGCCGCCACCUCGCCGGAGCACUUUCCAGAAACUCAAAAACCGACUGAAAGAGACUUUCUUCUCCGACGACCCACUCCGCCACUUUAGGAACAAACCGUUAAAGACAAAAAUUGUAGUUGGAGCGCAGUACAUAUUUCCUAUAUUAGAAUGGGGUCCUAAAUAUAACCUCAAACUCCUCAAGUCCGAUAUUGUCGCUGGUCUCACCAUUGCCAGCCUAGCCAUUCCUCAGGGCAUAAGUUAUGCAAAGCUGGCCAAUUUGCCUCCAAUUGUUGGUCUUUAUUCAAGUUUUGUGCCGCCACUAAUAUAUGCUGUUCUUGGGAGUUCAAGGGAUCUUGCAGUGGGCCCAGUUUCAAUUGCAUCCCUAAUAAUGGGCUCAAUGCUCCGACAACAAGUUUCCCCUGCAAAAGACCCAAUUUUGUUCCUUGAACUCGCGUUUUCCUCUACUUUCUUUGCUGGCCUCUUUCAAUCUUCUUUGGGCUUCUUAAGGCUUGGGUUUAUAAUUGACUUUCUAUCAAAAGCUACACUUAUUGGGUUCAUGGCUGGUGCUGCUAUAAUUGUCUCUCUUCAGCAGCUUAAGAGUCUUCUUGGGAUUCAACACUUUACUAAGAAAAUGGGCAUACUUCCUGUUCUCACUUCUGUCUUUCACAACUCUCAUGAGUGGUCAUGGCAAACGAUAGUGAUGGGCUUUUGCUUCCUUGUCUUACUUCUCUUGGCAAGACAUAUUAGCAUUAGAAAACCAAGGCUAUUCUGGGUAUCAGCUGGAGCUCCUCUUCUCUCUGUUAUCAUCUCAACAGUGCUUGUUUUCGCCUUCAAAGCUCAAAACCAUGGCAUCAGCACUAUAGGAAAAUUGCAGGAAGGAUUAAAUCCUCCAUCGUGGAACAUGUUGCGUUUUCACGGAGGCUACUUAGGGCUUGUGAUGAAAACCGGUCUAGUCACCGGCAUCAUUUCACUUACCGAAGGAAUUGCGGUCGGGAGGACUUUUGCAGCCUUGAAGAAUUAUCAAGUGGACGGUGCAUUUUCGAGAUCGGCUGUGAACCACAAUGCGGGCAGCAAAAGUGCCGUUUCGAACAUAAUCAUGGCAAUCACAGUGAUGGUCACACUCUUGUUUUUGAUGCCGCUUUUUCAGUACACGCCAAACGUGGUCUUAGGGGCCAUAAUCGUGACUGCCGUGAUUGGACUUAUAGAUGUCCCGGCCGCCUGUGAGAUUUGGAGGCUCGACAAAUUCGACUUUCUUGUAAUGCUUUGCGCGUUUUUGGGUGUUCUGUUUAUAUCUGUUCAAGAAGGCCUAGCUAUUGCGGUGGGGAUUUCUAUAUUCAAGGUUUUGAUGCAAGUGACGAGGCCGAAAACCGUGAUGUUGGGGAAAAUACCCGGGACAGAUAUUUACCGUGAUAUUUUUCAGUACAAAGAAGCAGUUAAUGUGCCUGGAUUUCUAAUUUUGAGCAUUGAGGCUCCAAUUAACUUUGCCAAUUCUACUUAUCUGAAAGAAAGGAUUAUGAGAUGGGUGGAAGAAUGUGAAACGGGCGAUGCAGGAAAACGAUCGCGUCUUAAAUUUGUGUUACUCGAUUUAUCAGCUGUUAGUUCAAUCGACACGAAUGGAGUGUCAUUCUUUAAAGACCUGAGAAUUGCCCUGGAAAAAAGGGACUUGGAGCUUGUGCUCGUGAAUCCUGUUGGCGAGGUGAUUGAAAAAUUGCAACGAGCAAAUAAUGACGAGACAAAGGAGUUGUCGAGAGGCGGUUGCUUGUUCUUGACCGUUGGUGAGGCGGUUAAUUUCCUUCAAUCGUCUGUUAAGAAAGACCUUGUGUGACGAUCGGAGGCCGGUUUUUCAAUGUAGUGUUUUAUGGAUUUUGAAAAUGUGUGAAGGUUUGUUGUGGAAAGAUAGAGCUGUUCUUUGUGCAAUUGCAGCUUUAAGGCUGUGUUCUCAUUGUCUACCAUAUGUACUAUCUUUGCUUUGAGUUUUAUAGUCUCAACUGUUUCGGGUUUGCUCUGUCUAGUGAAAGCAUAUUCCAAGUGGCUUCCCUUUAUUUUUUAUUUUAUUUUAUUUUU